AUGGUGGAAUCUAAUGAUUCUGGACUUUCUAAUAACUUUGAUCAGAUACCUCUGAGAAUGGCAGGAGGAAUACGAGGGGGGAAAUGGAUAGCGCUCAUCUCAAUGUUACAAAGCGGCUCUGACUCGGAACAAAUGAUUGCAUUGACUGAACUCUCUCAUGCUCUUAGUUAUUCUGACGAAGACUAUCUUUUAGGAUUUCCGGCUUUGAGCUACAUUAAAGUUUUGAUGCAUAUUCUUGAGUUUCCACAUGUGAAAUAUUCUAAACAUCACACAAAAGACGAAGAUAUCGCACAAAAGAGUGAUGAAACCGCUAAAAUUCAGUUGCCAUACUAUGAAUUGUUAUCAGUGUACAGUAAAACAUUCGAUGAUUCUACUCAAUGCAGUAAACCUGCGGGCAUUGACGAUGCCGUAAGGUCUAGUCUCUCUAGUGAGGAUGCACAAGAAACCAAAAUUCAGUAUAUGGAAGAAGACGAUGAUUCUUCUGAAUUCUUGGAUCCAGAAUUAAUGGCCAACAAGAUGAUAACAGCUGCCAGUUGUAUUAAUACUAUUUUGGAUGUCUUACCCUAUGCUACUCGUUAUUUCAGGACACACAAAGUGUCGUUGAAUGUUCUUGUGGACAAGCUAAAUGACAUACAAUACAUAGAUUUGGCAGAACGUGUUCUGCUUAUCGUUGAAAAACUAUCUCGUGAAAUUCCAGUAUAUCUUGUGAAGAGUGGAACAAUGGUAGCCAUGUUACAGUACAUAGAUUUUUUCCCUCUAUCUAUUCAGGUUUCAUCGUUGUCAUCUGUACUAAAUUUGGCAAGAUCGGUGGAAAAGGUAGGGACAUUCAAAAAACACGUAUUACCGAUCUUUCCCUCAAUUUCAACGCUUCUUUCAAACACGGAAAAGAAGAUACUCCAUACAGUUUCCAGUAUUUGGAAGGAAAUUGUUACUGCUGCGGUAAAAUUAUGGAUGGAAGAUAAGGAAUUUAUGGAGCAAUGUAUUUCAUCCAUAACAAUUCACGGUGUUUUGGAAAAGUUUUUUCAACUGAUUGUAACUCCAAACAGAAUAAGCAAAAUAAAAGUUGCUGAAUGUAUCUGUACUAUAUCAAAGAUGGCAGGAAGCUCCAUUGAACUCACAGAUAGGAUAUUUAAGCUUGACAUUCUUAACCAUUUUAGUGCGUCUCUUGUAACUUGUUCCAGAGGCUAUCUUACAGUACAUGGGAUCGUUAAUCUUUUGAUUUCAUUACUUGAUAGUAAUGAUUCUGACAAUUUGUACCAAAAACGACUGGAAUACUACAAGGAAAAUAAAGAAAAUUAUAAUAAACUUAUAAACAUAUUCCCUCCAGAUCAUCUCUUUGAUGUUUAUGAUUUAGUUUUGUCUCAACAGUUGAAGGAUAGAAUAUUUUUUCUCAUUUACAAAAUCAUGGAUAUUGGAUCGAGCAUUGAUUCACUAUCAGGCGUAUUAACAACUUUGUUACCAGUGUCAAGACUUGUUGAACUGAUAUCGUUCACGCUAAUAGGUUCAUCCAAUAGUGAAGAUCAGCUAUUUGUAUCUAUUAACAUAAUUACUCUUUUGUUGAAGGUAUUCAAGCAGGAUGUUGUAGUUACCCUGGAUAGGUAUGGUAUCUUUGAACGGUUAGAAUCUAUAAAGGUUGAAAGAUUUGCUGAUGAAAUUAAACAUAUUUGUAGCUUUAGUGGGAGAACUACAGAAAAGAAUAUCAUUAAGGUAAGUAAUAGCGAUGAUAUCUUAUCUGAUAUUCGAAAGAAUGCGGGUGUAUGGACUGUCCAUGAAUUAAAUCAACGUGUAUCAAUGGAUAUCUUUACAGGUAUAUUUCAUGACGUUGAUAAUAUGACUGCCUUUGUGAAGUCCAUAGUUCAGAAUGCGUACUCUUCAACACACUUGUACUAUUUAUGGGAUGCGUGGGUUAAGCUAUUUGAAUGGAACAAUAAUUUUGCGUAUGCUACAAUAGAUAAAGUUCUCUCUAAUGAUGCGGACCCUUCCUGGCUAAUAGGUGGGGACCCUGAAAUUAUGAAUGCAAUGGAUUUAUUCUACACUCUUAGGGGAGAAAAGCCUCCUGGUAAAUCUGUGUCAUCGGAUGAGGAUAAAAUUGACUUUGGAAAUAUACAAACCAGCAAGAGCGGGCAGCAUAAAUCCGAUAGUGGUGAGUCUGACGUUCAUGAUUCCAUGAAUCCAAAAUUAUAUGGGAAGAGAAUUAAAUAUGCGAUCGACACUCUGCAAAGGUACAUGAGAAAGGAUAUUUUAUUUUUCCCAUUUAGUCAAGUUAUUAUGGAUGUCAAAUUUCGGUUAAAGUGUUCAAGACAUGCUGAAAACUUUAAAAUAUCUACACUAUCAGUGUUUAUCCCAUGUACCAGUGCAGUUAAUCAGCUAGAAACCCUAAUUUUGACUCAUGUACACAACAAAACAAAUGAAGCGCAGGGUAAUUCUGUUGUUCCUAGGAAGCGUGCAAAGUAUACGUUUAAUCCUCCUUCUGAUUUGGACCAUUUAGAUUAUUACAGGGUUGAGAUAUACAUCAAUGAUAUUCUUCUUCCAUCUAAAAUGUCUGUAUACGAAGCCCUAUGUCGUUUUACCGAUAGAUGUAACUCUGAAGGAGCACCAAAAGCUUAUUUGGAGAGGUGUUAUUCUUUGUAUUAUAAAUUGUACAAAAGAACCGAUUUGCAGUGUCUUGAAGCAUACUUCAAUAAAAAGGCUACCCCUAUACUUACAACCGUUCCAGCAGAAGUUUUUUCUCCAGUGGCUCUUUACCUUGACAUGCUUUCUUAUGUUGUACAUUGUUCCCCUUGUACAAAUUUGGAACAUCAUAUCUCCGCUCUUCGAGGUACAUGUUCCAAAUUACCCUUAGAAAAUGUUAAUGAGCUUCAAAGAAUGGCUCUGCAACGGGUUCUAACGGAUUCACAAACACAUUGUCCUAAGAUAUGUUUACAGGGUUUAGAACAGAGGUCUGAGUUUUCUGGACUGAUACAGGUUAACACAAAUCAUCUCCUCGAAACGGUUAUCAUGAAUAUGAAGAGGCUCGAUUGUGUAUUCAACAAUAAAGGUUCAUACAAAGAUCUACUUUUAGAAGCUGGCUAUAUCUUCCAAGGAUCCAAAGUUGACAUUGAUGAAGAAAUCCUCUUGCUGUUGAAGAUGAUGUCUGUGUUGUCAACAGUUUACGAUGCUCUAGUAUAUCAUGAGUCGCAACCAUUUGAUGCAAUCAAAAAUUUAGAUACCCACUUGAGUAUAUCAAAGCGCAUGACACUUAUGUUGUAUAGUCAUUUGAGUUCUGUUGACAAGAGUUUGAGCUACAGGAUGCCAAAUUGGGUCUAUAAGAUAGCAUUGACAUGCCCAAUGAUCUUUUCCCUCGAAUCAAGGCGUAUAUUGUUUGAUUUGUGUUCCAUGGACCCAAAUCGCAUACUUCGUCAAUAUUCUUCCAGAAUAAAACCACUUAUUGAUGAAAUGGAAACUAAACAGGAUUCUACAGAUACGUUUGAUGAAUACUUGAGAGAAUACUUGUCAAACUUUAGAUUUGGGAAAACCAAUGUUUUCAAUGAGGUGGAAGACUUUGUAAGCCUCCAAAAACUGAAGAUUAAAGUUAAUCGUGAUUCUAUCCUGAGAGAUGCGACCUAUUUUCUGAACAAGUUGGAAAACACUCGAUAUAUGUAUGAUACGACCCCAAAAUUGGAAGUGGAAUACAAAAACGAAGUUGGAAUAGGCUCCGGCCCAACUCAAGAAUUUUAUUCGCUGUUUAUCGAUGGAUUUAUAUCAUGUCAAGCCCCUUCAUUAUUAGAAUGUUACAAUGGUUUCUUUUUCCCAUCUCCUCAUAAGUGUGAAUAUGAAAAUCUACGUACUCUUCCGUUUUUGGUAAAUGAAGUUCCGAGAGAAGAAUUAGAUUUUUCUUCCAUGAAUACAGAGGCUAUAUUGUUUACAUAUUUUAAGAUUCUCGGCAAAAUGUGUGCAUUUUCUCUACUUGAUGGAAAAAUAUUUGACCUUACUUUGCACCCACUAUUCUGGUACUACUGUCAAUUUCCGUAUUCUCCAAGACUCUAUUCUAUUGAGGCUCUCUCCCAUUUGGAUCCAGAAUUGGCAAAAUCCCUAUCACGUGCUCAAAUGAGUAAUAUUGAUGAUUUAUAUCUCACAUUCUCAUAUCAAGGUUAUGAUCUUGUUGAAAAUGGUGGUAAUAUUGCAGUUACAAGGGAUAAUUUUGCGGACUACGUUGCACAAAUUUCCAAAUUCAAGCUAGAUGAUGGCAUUAGGCUACAAAUUUGGGCAUUCAGAUACGGGUAUUCGAUGGUUUUGCCCCUGUAUACAUUAUGGAUGUACAAUCAUAGGGAACUGAGUCUGAAUGUGUUUGGAAACUACAACACUCAGCAAGAAUUUUGGAAAGAGGAACACUUGCGCAGCUUUAUCCUUCCAGACCAUGGCUAUGAUACUGAUAGUAAGGUUUACAAUAAUAUGAUCAAUUUAAUGACAGAGUUCUCACCGGAAGAACAACGGUCGUUCUUGAAAUUUUGCACAGGAGCACCGAUAUUACCAAGAGGUGGCUUUGCAGGACUUGUGCCAAACAUGAAGAUUGUGAAGAAGGGAAAUGAUACUAGAGACUUGCCCAGCGUAAUGACUUGUACAAAUUACUUAAAACUUCCAGAUUACAAAACUGUGGAUGAGCUAAAGUUUAAGCUAUCCCAAGCCAUCAGUGAGGGACAAAACGCCUUCAACUUGUCCUAG